GUUCAGUGCGAGAGUCACAGUCAUCUUUUGGAAGUUUGUGCGGGUUUUGUGUGAGACAGAGAAUGUCGAAUAGGACAGUGAGCUAAACAGAUUACUUGAUCGCUUUUCGCAUUCAGAAGAGGAAAAUGUAAAGGAAAAGACACUAAGAAUUUAUAACAAAUAAAAAAUAAACAAUAACCAGUAAAUGAAAUGCAAAUUUGGGUCAGAGAACCAAUCUGAAUCUCAUAGAAAACGGUGACCAGAGAGGUUUCAUUACGAAAUCUAAAAGAAAACAAAACAGAAGGAAAAGGAAUAGAGAAACAGAUAACAGCAAAAAAGAAUAAAUAAAAUAAAUAUACAAAUAAAGAUAUUGAAGGAAAUAAAUACCCAAAAAGUGGUGGCCAUGUUUAAGACAACUCUCGAGAGAACAUCAACUCUACGGACUUCGCUCUCCCUAAUUGGCGUCUUCCUCGCACUGGAGGUCAGCAAGCAGCUCUCCAACUACGGUUUAAUGAAAACUCCAAAGGAAAGACGACCACUGACUCCCUCUCUCCUGGUCGUACUCGUGGAAGUCUUCAAGAUGGUGGUCGUGGUGGCGUGGCAGGUAUCACGUGACUCCCCCAAACCAUGGCGGCCAUCUUUGAAAUUCGCGAUUCCAGCUGUGUGUUAUCUCGUCAAUAACUCCCUUUAUCUCAACGCCCUUGCUGUCACGUCGCCGCCCGUGUGGCUGGUGCUCAUACAGACGCGCACUCUCUUCACUGCGUUGGCUUAUAAAUUCGUGUUCGGCCGUGAGCUGCGAUGGAAGCAAGGCCUGGGCUGCGUCCUGGUGGUGUCCAGCAUCGUCCUGACCAAACUCGCGUCGCUGAAGGAGGGUCGGGACACCAUUUCGAGCGGCCUCCUUGUCCGGUCGCAGGUGUCCGCUCUGCUCUCGUCCGCAGCGUCUCUCACGAUUGAGAACCUCCUUAAGAACGACGGCAGGAGCUUCGUGGAACAGCAAGUGUGGUUAUAUCUCUGGGGAUCGUUGCUGGGCAUAACCACUAUCAUUUCCACUGAGAAUCUGCCCGACCUCGUCCUACACCUGAAGACAGUCUCGUGGGCGUGGCCGGUCUGGGCGCUAGUGGGCGGAGCUGUGACGUCAUCAGCUCUGACGGGGCUGUGCAUUCCACAAAUCGUCAAAAGGCUUGAUACUGUGGUCAAGGACUACCUGGUCGCCCUCAACAGCGUCCUCCUCGCGAGUGUGACCGCCUUCCUCUUCCCUUCCGAGUUCACCUUCGACUGGCACUACCUCUCGUCCUUGGCUGUCCUGCUGGCUGGGAUUUUUCUCUAUGAAAAGUAGGAUUAGAAUAGUCGUUAGGAAAAGGAAUAAAAGUAAUGUGUGCGUUUAUGUGCGUGUGUUUGUUUGUUUGUUUGUGUUUGUGUGUUUGUGUGUGUGUGUGCGUGUUUAUGUGUGUGUGUGUGUUUGUG